ACAGUUCAAUUGACAUAAACAAAAUUACUUGUUUGUAAAACGAAAAAGCGUGUGAUUGCUUCAAAACUUACCUAUUUCAGCGGUAGUUUGCCAAUAUAUCUCGAAAUUAAAUAAACAAAGAAGCUAGGAAAAUUUUAAAUUUACAUGAUAAUUAAUUGCCAAAAACAAAUAAAUUAAUGAAGUUCCGAUUACUCUCUAUAUAUUUAAUUGUAUAUUAUUGCAAUCCCGCUAUUGCAAAUCUGUCUAGGGAUGAUGCCAUUCGACCUCAAGUGACAUUUGUAGAUCCGGGAACAAUAGUGGACUAUCAGCCAAAGUCACGUCAUAGAGGCUUUUUCGAUAAUGACAUGCGUAUCUAUUGUUAUCGUGGAUCUCCCAAAGAGUUGAUUCGUUUUUUUGAAAAUGUGGAGCUUCAAUUGGAAAUAGAUAGCGACGAUUACACACAAUAUGAAGGCGCAACGCCUACCGAGGUUCGGCAGCAUUUCGAAGAACGUCGGUCGUUAUUUAGCUUCAAUUUAUUCACUCAAAAACGCACGCGGCUGAAUCUAUCUCCGUUCAAGCAACAGUGUAUUGGCAUCGACACUGUAUUACCUUAUCGUGUUCGCCUACUGCAAUUUCGAUUUGAGUAUUUCCGGAUUAUCCAGUUUGUUUUGGGUGUUUGGUUAUUGGUUUGCGCUGGAAGGCUAAGCCAAAACUCGCUGUUUUUUUACCUUACGGGUGUUGUUUUGGGCAUAUGUUCUUCCUUAAUGCUUAUUAUUUGGCUAUCUAGCAAGUUAAUGCCCAGGCGUCCUAUGAUGUAUGGAAUUCUAAUUGGUGGGUGGACACUUGGCGUUUACAUUAUUCAGCGACUAUGGGAGAACCUACAUUUAAUAUUUCAAAUGUAUCGCGCAUAUGUGCUCUGGUAUAUAUUUAUUACGGGAUUAUUGUCAUUAUUUUUUUGCUACCGAAUUGGGCCUCCUACAAACCAACGCUCGAAAAAUAUAGUAAAAUGGGUUUUGCAAAUAAUUGCAAUAACUUUAAUUUAUCUCUCAAGCCAAUAUGAAGAAGCAAGUGCGAUCGUAGGGAUUACCACUGCCGUUGUGUACUAUUUUCCUUAUUACAUUUUACACAACCUCCUAAAAAUUUACAGACGAUUCUUUCCACCCAAAAGACGUUUACUUACCAGUGAAGAAUUUUAUGAUCAGGGCAUUAUAGAAACUACAAAGGCACUGAACGAAUUGCGAGUUUAUGCAAGUAGCCCUGAUUGCAAGCAAUGGAAGAUCGUAUCCAAACUGAGUGAUCCUCUGCGUUUUGCGUCUUUUGUUGAAGGUGAUUCUCACCUUCAAGAGGAAGAAAUAUCAAAUUUUGAAAGUUUUAUGCAAGCGAAUGAAUUCGACGACUCCGAUCUAAGUGCAAAUGGGGACGAAAAAUUUGUCGAAGAAAAUCAAAACACAAAUUUACUCUACCACCAUUAUGAAAAUGGACAGAACCAAAUUUCAAAAGCGAAAAAAAAUAUUGCUUAUGAAGAAAUGAGUGAAGAAGAGUGUGACAGCGAUGACAGUAUUGGCAAUAAAGAGAUUAAUGCCCAAAAAACAAGUGAUGGCUUUAGUAAUACACAUAUUAAGAAAAAGAUGAAUCGUGUGGGAACGGGCGUGCGACAUUUUUACUCUGAUGACUUAAGGCAGACAUAUAAUUCACGUGCACGAAAAGAGCAAGAAAGGCUUGAUGGCCUGCAACAAGCACACUUAAACACAAAAGCUUCAAGUUCCAACAGUCAGCAUUCAACCAUUAAUAAUAAAAAAGGCAUAAAAUUAUAUGGAAGAGGAGCCAAUCAUAGUUAUACAUACAGCGAUCCAUUUGCAGAUGGCGGUUCUGAAAGUGAUUAUUAACAUGUUCGGAGGUAAUCCGUUAUUCGAUAAGACUCAGUAUGGAAUGUUUACCACCUCAUUAUUCUUAAUACUUCUUAUACAUUACUAUUAUAAUCGUAUAUGCCAUACAUGCCUCAUUAAAAGAACAUUUAUACAUAUA